AUGAAGGGUUAUUUCGGCAAAGAAGAGCCUCCUGUCGUUGGGGCAUCUGCUCUCAACCGUCAGGAGACUGAUGGCAACACUGCUCUCCAACGCUCGCUCGGCACCGUUGCGGAGCGUGCUCGGCGUAACAUCAAUGCAAAGCUGGCCAAUCCUCUUGCUGGUCAAACUCAAGAAGAGCUGCGCAGGCGAGGAAUCAAUUUCGCCAUUGAGCAUCAUCUUGGGGGAGAAGAAGACAUUCGUGUUUUCGCCAUGGGCGCCAUUCUAGCUCAAAGGCCGGAAAAGUACGCGGAGGUUCCUGGUCUGACGCCCCAGGAGCUGGAAGUCUUGAAGCAAGAAUUCACCAAUCGUUGGCGUCAGCCACGGAGAAUGUACCGGGUUAUUGCUCUGUGUUCACUCUCUGCUGCGGUACAAGGAAUGGAUGAGACGGUGGUCAAUGGCGCCCAGAUCUUCUACAAGCAUCAAUUCGGCAUCGAUGGCACUGACUCCCGCUCCAAUUGGCUGCUUGGACUGGUCAACUCAGCGCCAUAUCUGUGUUGUGCCAUCAUCGGCUGCUGGCUGACAGUGCCAUUUAAUGCAUGGUUCGGCCGUCGAGGGACCAUCUUCAUCACCUGCUGCUUCUCUGCGCUUACUUGCCUCUGGCAAGGGUUCGUCAACACAUGGUGGCAUAUGUUCAUCGCUCGCUUUGCGUUGGGCUUCGGGAUAGGCCCCAAGUCGGCAACGGUGCCGAUCUACGCCGCGGAGACGGCACCUCCUAAUAUUCGUGGUGCUUUGGUAAUGCAAUGGCAGAUGUGGACAGCAUUCGGGAUCAUGAUCGGCUACGUCGCAGACCUUUCGUUCUUCCAGAUCCGUGAUCAUUCGGGGAUCGUCGGCCUCAAUUGGCGUUUGAUGAUGGCUUCAGCCAUGGUUCCGGCUCUCCUGGUUUGCUGCUUUGUCUUCACUUGUCCAGAAUCCCCCCGUUGGUACUUGUCGCGGAAUCGGUACGAUAAAGCGUAUGAGUCGAUGUGUAGCUUGCGUUACAACAAGGUCCAAGCAGCGCGUGACUUGUACUAUAUGCAUACACUGCUGAAAGCCGAGGCCGGCAUAAAGCUUGGCCAGAACAAAAUCCUGGAGCUCAUCCGUGUUCCUCGUAACCGACGUGCAAUGAUUGCGUCAGAACUGGUGAUGUUCAUGCAACAGACUGAUGAACUUUUAGGCGUGAAUGUUAUCGCAUACUAUUCAUCUGAGAUUUUCCUGCAGUCCACAGGGCCGGCAAACAUGCUGACAGUCGCAAAUCAGCGCAAAGCACUGGCAGCAUCCUUCGGGUGGGGAAUGAUCAAUUUUCUCUUUGCCCUACCCGCCAUUUGGAAAAUCGACACGUUUGGCCGUCGCAAUCUUCUCCUAACCACCUUUCCCAUGAUGGCUCUGUCGAUGUUCUUCACCGGCUUCAGCUUCUGGAUACCCGAAGACACUUCUGCCCGCAUGGGGUGUGUCGCUUUAGGCACUUACCUCUUCGGUGUUGUAUAUUCGUUUGGCGAGGGACCAGUGCCGUUCACAUACUCGGCCGAGGCCUAUCCACUUUACGUGCGGUCCUACGGCAUGGCUUUAGCCACCUCGACGACAUGGUUGUUCAACUUCACGCUCGCCAUUACUUGGCCUUCCCUUCGACAUGCAUUCACGCCGCAGGGAGCGUUCAGCUGGUACGGCGGUUGGUGUAUAGUCGGAUGGUUUCUGAUACUUCUGUUCAUGCCCGAAACCAAAGGAAAGACGCUCGAAGAAUUGGAUCAAGUGUUUGGGGUUCCCACACGCUUCCACGCCAAGUAUGGGCUACGUCAGAUCCCCUACUUCAUCAGGAGAUACAUCCUCCGUCAGAACGUUCGUCCUCAGAUCCUGUACGAGAGAGAGGAUGACGAUGCGGUGACCGAUACGGGGUACGAUCAUGCUUGA